AUGUCAACCAAUAAAUCCAUUUCAAUAAAGGCCAAUCCAUCGAAAAUCGAAUUCCAUGAUAAUGCAUAUGUCGAAUUACCUGCACAAUCAAUGCUUGCCAGAUUAUCAAAUCGUCCGGCAUUUGCCGCCAUGAAUGGAUUAUUUUCAUCAUUCCCAGCUAUAAAGAUAUUCACAUCAAAUGCAGUUCCAAUCAUGGUGGCUAGAGAACAAGCUAAGGAAAGAAAGAAGAAAAAAGCUGCUGAAGAGGUUAAGAAUACUUUUGCUAAUGAGAUGUGA